AUGAAAACUUUUAGAGUUUUAGCAGUUUUUGUAGUUUAUAUUGUCAUUAAUUCGACUUUCACUGCAUCGUACCAUUCUAAACACUCAUCUGGGAAUGCAAAACUUGUCAAAAGCAUCUGUGAGACCAUAAAUGAUGUCGUAAGGACGAAUUCAGAAACGAAGGACAUAAUGAUUGCAAAUUUAGGCAGUAAAGUUUGGUCAGCAACUCUCAAUGAUAUCAUGCAAUGCAUUAAUGAUGAUAAUCCAGUACUGUUAACAGACUUUCAUGCAGUCACAAAAGAUAAGAGCUUGAGAAAGGCGUCAAUUGUGAUUUUGGCUUUCUACAGGCUUGACAUGAACUUGAUCAGAUCAAUAAUAAGAAAUAAUCACUUUUCAUCAGUUUGGCAUCAUAUGGCCAGAAUAAUUUGCAUGAUGCCUAAACCUAUUAAUUUGAAUUUAGCAGCACAAUCACUUCAAGUAUUUACAAACUCAGGUUUUUUGAAUGUUGCAUUCGUAACUAAUGAUGCUCAGUAUAUGAUAAUUCGGUCAAUGACAAUGGAAAUAGUUUUACUUUUAAGCCCUGAAAAUGGACAUGUUGUGUUUCCAGACAAACUUAAUAACAUGAAUGGUUCUUCGUAUCUUAUUGCUUUGUAUCAUCAACCACCACGAAUUAUUAUUUUAAAAUUCAUAAGUGCACCAAUGUUGUACUUUUUUCAUGCUUUAAGGAAAGUCCAAAAUGCAAGUUUUAAGUUAAAUGUUCUGAAGAACACCAGCAUGUUGGGACCACUAUGGGUUCAGAGAAAAAUGCAUUUGACUUUAAAUACGGCAUCAAUUUUAGACACACCGGAGCCAAAGUUAAUGACUUAUGAAGAGAAAGGAUACUGCGCAUUUAUUCCAAUUCCUCCUAAAGUUUCACUAGCUAAAGUUAUAUUCAUUAAGCCAUUUGAUGCUUUAACUUGGAUUAUUUUACUAUCCUCGAUCGUUUUUUCCACACUUGUUUGGUACAUGUUUCGUAAUUAUGGUGCUGUUGAUUCCGCAUGGCUAUUUUUGUAUGGAUCUUUUGUUUAUUUCAUUGGACAAGGCAUCAAUUUUUCGAGAAAAAACCAUAUUGUGCUUGUUAUUUUCAUUCAAUUGAACAUUCUCAUGAUGUGGAUUCUUAGCAAUGCUUAUGAAGGUGUCAUCACCUCAUUCAUGAUAGAUCCAAUCUCCGAAAAUCGACUUCAGACUGUUAAAGAUCUUUUAGAUUCUGAUUAUGAAAUCAUUACGGAUGAAGCUUUUGCAUUUACUGUAAGACAUUAUGAAGAAUUUCAAGCGAUUAAAUCAAGAGUCAACACAUCAGGAUUAAAAAUGACAGGACGUCAAAAUGAAAUAAUUCUUCAACAGAAAUAUGUUUUGAUCAAAUCAUGCGAAAUUAUUGAAGACGAGUUAAGUUUCACACUUCCAAAUCAGCGUUAUUAUGUCGACUACUACUAUAUACUUCCUGAAAAAAUAAUAACUCAAUUUGUUGAGCUUGAAGCAAGCUACAUGAACCCAUUUCUAGAACGUCUACAGUAUUACAUGGAUUUGUCAUUUCAAGCUGGUUUGAUGAAAAUGUGGAUUACAUUUAGCUAUCGAGAUUUCUUUCAUAAGCCUGAAAAUGAAAGCCAUGAUGUUACAUACAUUCAUUUAAACGAUCUUUAUCAGGUCUUUAGUAUUCUUUUAAUUGGUUAUGGUCUUGCUGCAAUUGUGUUUUUGAUUGAAGUGUUCUUUUAUGACUGCUUAAAGGAUUUGAACCUUUGUUUUCAAGCUUGUCGAUUAAGAAAUCGAGUUCAUCAGAUGGCGUAUAAGAAAAGAAGGCCAAAAGAUCCAAAAUAUCAACGAGGUGCUCUUUAUUACAUCAUUCAUAGACAUAGAAAAGUCAAGAGAUUGCAACGCGGAAGAUUGAAAGUACGGAAGAUUAUUGUUCAGCCUAGAAAUCAAGUUUAUUAG